AUGGAUGCGCCUCCUGGCGACAACGCGCCCAAUCGCGCCUAUACAUCUGGCUCAUACUUUCCUGUCGCGUUGGUCGCUCCUGGCUCAUCAUGGAACACUCCUGGAACCGUUCAAUUUUGGAAUCAGCCCUACGGUCCUGCACCCCAUCCAUAUCUACAUCCCACGCCGUCGACACCAGCUCAGCAUCAGCUCCCACACAUGGUCAUGAGCCCAGCUGCCUUUUAUACCCCCGGACAAUCUCGCAAACGCCCCACCUUCACCUGGGACCGUGACCAUGAUGAGAAUGAGCCUCUGGCUGACUCGCCCUUGUUGCCACCAAGCAAGCGGCGAAACACGAACCCUGGUUCCCCGUCUACUGCAUCCGCCCCACUACGAUCUACUCAAACACCACUGAUUGCGCAGACAUCGAAUUCUUCGACACCAGCCGCGAAGCGAGCCUCACCACGCAGCGACAAAGAGAAAUUGGAUGCGGCACUCAAUGGCAUCCAGAACGCCGGCUUUGAAGGUCUCGGCCACUUCUUCGCAAGCCUCUUCAACGGCAAGGCAGGUUAUCAGAAGCAGAAGAUAUGCCAAUCGCUUCACAAGUUCUUGACGAAUCACAACAAACCUGGACGACGACCAGCCGACAUUGUUCAGGCAAUGUACGACCACCCUUACAGUCACAUCCGACGGCACGAAGAUCAAUUUCACGACGGCAAUUCCAUAAUUCCUAACUACGCAUAUCCUGUUGAGGCCGACAUCCCACCGAAGAGAGUUGCGUCAACCGGCACCCCUGCGCAAGCCACCAUCAACAGCUGGGUUGCUGCCACUGUGCUAGACCUCGUUGAUAAAGAGACGACGGUGUUGGCGCAAGAUGUCGGUCUGCGUAUGCCUAAAGACUGGACAUGGGAGUCCGUUAUAGCAACAUCAUUGCAAGACGUCCAAAGGCGAAUGAUGCAGCUCGCACCGCUCACCUGGUCGACAAUAGCAACCAUCGCUGUCAGCCCAAAUCGCCGUCGACAAAAUCAUAACGCACGUCUUGGUACUGACGCAGAUAUCGAGGCCAAGAAAGAGAGCCUGAGCCACGCCUCUCACAGCCCGUGGAGGGCGUUCACAUUUGCAAUACUGAUAUUACUUUCCAUCCGCAAUUCCUUAAUCUCCCUUGGCCCUACCAUCAUCGGCCUGCUGCUAUUCAUCUCGGAUGCAGGCCGUGUUGUCUACCAUGCUCUCGGCCGCUUUGGGAUAUCCACCUCGUACUCCACUGUUCUCGAGCAUCUUCGCGACCUCGCCCAUGGUGCCGGCGUCCACCUACAUGAAGUAGGGACAUCGAUCUCACGAAACGACAAUCACUAUAUCAUUUUGUUCGAUAAUAUCAACAAACAUCAUCGGGCCUGGCAUCAGACUAUCAGCAAAUCUGACGAGGUCAAAAGCAGGACAGCAUCAACCGUUAUUCACAUGGUCUAUGUCCCACCAGGUGCUAUGAGUUUAAAGAAGCUCCACAUCGAUCACAAGCAUAUGGAGAGGAUUGGUGCUGCGACCUUACUACGGAUAUGGACGGACAAGAUUCCUGCCCUCAGCCGUCACUGCGCUCAUGUCACGCAUCUUUUCGAGACGGCUUUACAGAAGCAUCGCAUUCCUCUUCACCAAUCCGACAUCUACCCGCUUCGAACAUCUGGCAUCGAUGAGUCCACCACCGCAGGAAAUAGUGACGUCCUUCACGAUAUCACUCAUUUGCAAAUGGGGAUGGCUACCGACGAUUUUGGGGAAUUCGUCAUGCCUAUUGCAGGGGAUCAACUCACCGUAGACCGUGUCCGGAAGCUCAUUCACUACACCAAGAAAGAUGUGACCAAGUACGCACAGCACACCUGGGCGCUGCCGUUUAUUCAACUGUGGCACAUGAAAUGGGCUUUUCUCAAGGCAAUAUACAAGGCACACUGGACGCCAUCCACUGGCAAGCAUCUUUACGGGCUUCAUCGUGAUUGCAACACCCUCGGGCGGACAAAGCUGAACCCUACCAAGUGUGACUUCUACCCUCACCAUCAGGCCGUGGCCGACACGUUUGAAACCAGUUGCUUAGGAAUUCUACGUGUUCUCCUUGAGCAGAAGUGUAGCAAGGAAUUAUUAGAUGCAACUCGUCGCUUUUCCCUCCUCCAUGUUCUUGACACGCUUUUCGCAAUGAAGAUGUAA